GACACAAGCAGCAAAUGCUGUCUGUCGAAACGCCAAUGGCGUGCCGUGCGUUUGUUGUCAAUUUUGGGAAACCCAACUAUUUAUAUCUCAAAAAAACUCAGCUGAAUGGGCCCCACAUAACCCAGAUGCAAAAACCUCUAAGCUCUAACGAUCCAAAAGUUAUUUCGAGUCCAUUUCUGAGCGUUGAAGCUUUGUUUGGCAAGAUCUGUUUUCUCUCUCUCGUCACAGCUCACAGCUCACAGGAGACGCGUGCUCAUUUUCUUCUUUUACAUGUUUUUUCUUCUCUUUACACAGUGAGUGAUGAGGAAUGUUACUUCAGUUACAGAGAUCUGAAAAUUUUUUAUGCAGAGUGUUUCUUGGGUUUGAAAUUUCAGGUUUAGGCCAAGCAACAUGAAUGAUUAAGAAAUGGGGAAAAAGGGGACCUGGUUCUCUGCUGUGAAGAAAGCUCUCAGUCCCAAGAAAUCCAAAUCAAAGAAACAAGAGAAGAAUCUAGAUCCAGUUGAUUCUAAAUAUGAAGAAACUACCUUACUUGAUGCUCCUGCCCCUCCACCUCCUCUUCCUCCCCCUAUAGAAGAUGUGAAAUUAAUUGAAGCUGAGAAUGAACAGAGCAAGCAUGCUUAUUCUGUGGCACUUGCCACUGCUGCUGCUGCUGAGGCAGCUGUUGCUGCAGCCCAUGCUGCUGCUGAGGUUGUUCGGCUUACUAGUGUGGCCCGUUAUUCUGGAAAAUCAAGGGAGGAAAUAGCUGCUAUCAGGAUCCAAACAGCAUUCAGAGGAUACUUGGCAAGGAGGGCAUUGCGAGCUUUGAGAGGGUUGGUGAGAUUGAAGACAUUAAUACAAGGCCAGUCUGUCAGACGGCAAGCAACUAACACCUUACGAGCAAUGCAGACUCUUGCUCGAGUGCAGUCUCAAAUUCGUGCAAGGAGGAUCAGAAUGUCAGAGGAGAACCAGGCCUUGCAGAGGCAGCUCCAACAAAAACAUGAGAAAGAGCUUGAGAAGUUGAGACAUGCUAUUGGAGAUCAGUGGAAUGAUACCUUGCAGUCAAAGGAGCAAAUUGAAGCAAGCUUGCUGCACAAGCAAGAAGCUGCUAUGAGAAGAGAAAGGGCAUUGGCUUAUGCAUUUUCUCAUCAGCAAACAUGGAAGAACUCUUCAAAAUCAGCAAAUCCAACAUUUAUGGAUCCAAAUAAUCCACACUGGGGUUGGAGUUGGUUAGAAAGAUGGAUGGCAGCCCGGCCUUGGGAGAGCCGGAACACAAUAGAUAAUAAUGACCGUUCUUCUGCUAAAAGCUCAACAAGCCGUGCGAUGUCUAUUGGUGAAAUCAGUAGAGCUUACUCUCGUCGAGAUUUCAACCAUGAUAAUAAGACUUCACCUGGUGCUCAAAUGUCUAACCGACCUCCCAGUCUCCAAUCUCCUUCAACUCCUUCAAAAGCGCCUUCUAUGUCAUCAGUGGCAGGGAAAACAAAGCCACCAAGUCCAAAAGGAAGUAGCUUUGUUGCGGAUGAUGACUCAAGGAGCUUGUUCAGUUGCCAGUCCGCGCGAUAUAGGAGGCAUAGCAUAGCAGGAUCAUCAGUAAGAGACGAUGAAAGCCUUGCAAGCUCACCCUCAGUUCCUAGUUACAUGGCACCAACACAUUCAGCAAGGGCAAAAUCCCGGUUACCAAGCCCCUUGGGGAUAGAGAAGAAUGGGACUCCGGAAAAGUCAUCAGUGGGAUCUGCAAAGAAGCGGCUUUUGUUUCCUGCUUCCCCAGCCGGACCAAGGAGGCAUUCUGGUCCUCCAAGGGUGGAAUCCAAUGUCAUUAAAAACUUAGAAGUGCACACAGAAAAAGUUAUCAAUGGAGAAAGCAGCAGGUAGGACUGAACACAAGAAACUUCAUUUUUAAGUACUAGUGAGAAAAAAGAAAUUCAAAAACAAAAAAUAUCAGCUAAGACUUAGAUAUCUGCAUUAUCAUUUCGAUUGUCGGUGCCAUUGUCAUCACUGCAAAGACCUUUUUUAUUCUUCUAAACUUGAUACGAUUUGUUAUGUAUUAUGUUGUAGGAUAGAUUUGUUUAGUUGUAGUGUUACUGAGAUCAUUUUUUUUAACUGUUCAAUUAUCUGUCUCUGUCUCUCUCUUACAGUUAGCUUGUGUUCUUGAGAUAUUGAGGAAAACUUGAUGAUGUGGUGUUUGUAGAAGUUUGCAAAUCAUUUAUUUUCUUUAUUGUUAGUGAAUGAAAGAUUUUCUAUGUAUUUGUUGUUUAA